AUGGCGAACUUCACACCAGUCAAUGGCAGCGCGGGCAACCAGUCCGUACGCUUGGUCACAUCAACCCAUAACCGCUACGAGACAGUGGAGAUGAUAUUCAUCGCCACGGUGACGGGCUCGUUGAGCCUGGUGACUGUCGUGGGCAACAUCCUGGUGAUGCUGUCUAUCAAGGUCAACAGGCAGCUGCAGACAGUCAACAACUACUUCCUCUUCAGCCUGGCGUGCGCCGAUCUCAUCAUAGGCGCUUUCUCCAUGAACCUCUACACCGUGUACAUCAUCAAGGGCUACUGGCCUCUGGGCGCCGUGGUCUGUGACCUGUGGCUGGCCCUGGACUAUGUGGUGAGCAAUGCUUCCGUCAUGAACCUUCUCAUUAUCAGCUUCGACAGGUACUUCUGCGUCACCAAGCCCCUCACCUACCCAGCCCGGCGCACCACCAAGAUGGCGGGCCUCAUGAUCGCCGCCGCCUGGGUCCUGUCCUUCGUGCUCUGGGCACCUGCCAUCUUGUUCUGGCAGUUCGUGGUGGGCAAGCGGACGGUGCCGGACAACCAGUGCUUCAUCCAGUUCCUGUCCAACCCGGCGGUGACCUUCGGCACCGCCAUCGCCGCCUUCUACCUGCCCGUGGUCAUCAUGACGGUGCUCUACAUCCACAUCUCCCUGGCCAGUCGCAGCCGAGUUCACAAGCACCGGCCCGAGGGCCCCAAGGAGAAGAAGGCCAAGACUCUGGCCUUCCUCAAGAGCCCCCUGAUGAAGCAGAGCAUCAAGAAAGCCCCGCCCGGGGACCCGGCUCCCGAGGAGCUGCGCAACGGGAAGCUGGAGGAGGCCCCUCCCCCGGUCCUGCCGCCCCCGCCGCGCCCCGUGGCCGACAAGGACACUUCCAACGAGUCCAGCUCCGGCAGCGCCACACACCACACCAAGGAACGGCCGCCCACGGAGCUGUCCACCACAGAGGCCACCACGCCCGCCCUGCCCGCCCCUCCCCUCCAGCCGCGGGCCCUCAACCCCGCCUCCAAAUGGUCCAAGAUCCAGAUCGUGACGAAGCAGACUGGCAAUGAGUGUGUGACAGCCAUCGAGAUCGUCCCGGCCACGCCCGCCGGCAUGCGCCCGGCAGCCAACGUGGCCCGCAAGUUUGCCAGCAUCGCCCGCAACCAGGUGCGCAAGAAGCGGCAGAUGGCGGCCCGGGAGCGCAAGGUGACGCGGACCAUCUUCGCCAUUCUGCUGGCCUUCAUCCUCACCUGGACGCCCUACAACGUCAUGGUCCUGGUGAACACCUUCUGCCGGAGCUGCAUCCCCGACACGGUGUGGUCCAUCGGCUACUGGCUCUGCUACGUCAACAGCACCAUCAACCCCGCCUGCUACGCGCUCUGCAACGCCACCUUUAAAAAGACCUUCAGGCACCUACUGCUGUGCCAGUAUCGGAACCUCGGCACCGCCAGGUAG